AUAAUACCUUGUUUGACUUUUUCGCGCAGCGUUCAGUUCGCGUAUUUUGUCCCACGCAGAGUCCCGUACCAAAACAAGGGAGUAGCAACUUCCGGUAUCAGGAUGAAUGAUGUAGAACCAGACAAAAAAUACAUAAAAUCUACAUCUAUCUCGGUAACUAGCUGCAGGAUAACUUCGUAAAUCCCACAGUUGUUUCCUAACAUAGUUAAAAUGUAUUCGAAUUUGAACGUUAUUGUUUUAUUUCCGUAAAAUAGCUAUGUUUUUACUGCUAACGAGGCUAGCUAGCUAGCAGCGGUGCUAACGUGAAUGACAGGGAUUGAAAUGGUGCAGAACAUGUUUCGGACCGGGUUUCUUGUUCGGGCCACGCACACACUGCUCACCUGGGUCAUCACCCUCGUACUGUUCCUGCACAACACAGAUUUGCGGAAGUGUGAGGAGCGAGGGGAGCUGCUGCUGCCCAUUCUGUUCUUCCUCGUGGUCGUGCUGUCGGUGCUCUUAUACUUUGCUGUUUCUUUGAUGGACCCUGGCUUUGUUCUAACUGACAGUGUCAAGGGUUCAGAUGAAGAAAUGGAGUCGAUGAUUCCUCAGUCCUCAACCCCUCGGCUGCGUCGCUGUGGAUACUGCCUGCUGCAGCAGCAGCCAAUGAGAGCGAAGCACUGUCAGACGUGUAAGCGCUGUGUUCGUCGCUUCGACCACCACUGUCCCUGGAUCGAGAACUGCGUGGGAGAGAGGAACCAUCGUUGGUUCAUCGUCUACCUGCUGGUGCAGCUGCUCGCUCUGCUCUGGGCGCUUCACAUCGCUCUGUCUGGCAUCUCGCCCAGCAUCACAUGGGAGCUGUGGUUCAGAGUGAACGGGUUCCUGCUGGCGGCGCUGGCCUUCGUCAGUAUCUUCUCCAUGGUGGUGCUGCUGCUGCUGGGCUGCCACCUCUACCUGGUCUCCAUCAACUGCACCACCUGGGAGUUCAUGUCGCGUCACAGGAUCUCGUACCUGAAGAACUGCGGAGACGAGGAGAACCCGUUUGACCGCGGCGUCCUCUGCAACCUGUGGGAUUUCUUCUGCAUCUGCAGGACGGUGGUGUGGGAGCAGACGUACAACGACAGAAGCACCACGAAUUCUGUCUGACCUACAACCAGACGCCACGUCACUACCUACAACCGAGUCAGACGCUUCUUUCAGGGAGAGAAAAUAAUUUUCUUAACCUCAAUAGCAGAGAUUUUUUUAAUUUCCUUUUUGGGUAAAAGUUUACAACUGAAUUGAACCAUAAAAUGUUUCCUAACUACCUGCUAAAGUUCACAUACAGUGCUAACAAGGCAUUAAGCAAAUCACUGAGCUGGUUUAAGCCUAAGCUUUGUUUAUACCAGCGCAAGACACCAUGGCGUGGGCCUCGGUAGAUGACAUGCAAGCUAUGAGCAUGCACUGAGGUGUUAAAGCUCAGUGUGCUGUUGGCUGCAAUAUGCUCCAAAACACUGGGUGACACACAAACAAAAUAUUCUGUGGAUAAGCAAGAAGUCUUAACAGCGAUCUCAUGUGCCUCCACACCCUGCAGUAAAAUGUCUUUCCCAGGUGUGUUGGCUGUUUCCAAAAACAUAAAGCCAUUAGAUGACUGUCCCUGUGGUCUCUCAGUGAAGAGUCGUCAUUAGAGAUCAGUAGAGAUGUCAGUACUGGCCAAUCUGCUUGGUCAGUCUUCCCUCGAAAGUGCUUCUGUGGAACUGAAAAGCGAGGUGGGCUCCUAGUAACAGAAACUCAGAGGUGCAUGACCAAGCAUCGCAACAACUUUUUAAGCCCUUGUGGUCGAUGCACAAAGGGUGAUUAUGUCAUUUUCUGGCAUGCAAAGGUCGCACCUGGGACACUAAGGCGAGUAUGAAACACAAAACAAAAACACCCCGUCUGUUUUUCAGUCAGUUCACCACUUGACUGAAAUAACUCAAAAACUUUUAGAUGGGCUGCCAUUAAAUUUUGCACAAUUGUUCAUGUUCCUCAGAGGAAGAAUCCUUUUUAGGAUCUUAAUGCAGGGCUGUCCCCAAAUCAGGAUUUUUCAAAGUCAGCUCACUUCAGAGUGAGUCGAGCCUGCGCUGGAAGUUCUUUUUCAGAGUCGAUGCGUUGCUUAGAAAACAAAUAUUUUAAUUUAUAGACAUAUUUAAAGAUCGAUUUUUCUUUGUGAGGAUAUUUUUAUCUUCGUUGGACAAUUUGACAGUGAUGAGGUAGACAGGAAAUGGUAGAAAAAGACUGGGCCAUGACAUGCAACAAAGGUAAUAAUAACUGGACUGAACCGGCGACAUUGCAGUUAUGCGACACACCCAAACCACUUAGCUACCAAGGCUCUCUGCAUAUGUUUGUUAUUGUAAACAUUAUUACUGCUGUUUUGUUUUCGAUAUUCAUUAUUGGGAUGUGCAAAAAUCAGAUUUACACCCAGUCAGAAAAUUAAAAAGUGUCCGUCCUGCUCGUAGUUCAGUUAACAAAAUCCAAGCAUAUUUAUAAUCAAGGUUCAAUCUGACCUGAUUAAGAGUAAAUAAGGCGAAGAAUCUGACAUUAUGCGCUCAUUUUUGGUUCUUUACACUUUGAUUCUGUGGACAAAAAAGGAAAUGAGGUUUCACAAUGAGCAUUUGUCUGGUGGAUGGUAAUAUUUGCAGAUAAUUCCUUAAUAUUUACUUAAACCCUGUGGACUGAAGAAAUCUGGACUCUAACUCUGGAUUACAAACACCAGAGGCAACAAGACUGAACGGUGAUAUGGUGAUAAUUUAAUGCAUUCAAAUGUUUUGUUAAAAUGAAGAUGAUUUGAUUCAAACAUUUGUUUCCUCAGGUCUGGUCACCACUUUCUCUUCUGUAAAUGUUUCUCCUGUUGCCUGGUGAGAGUGGUGACCUCUGUAUUACAACACUAACUGCCUUUACGUCUGGUGUGAUUCAUGUCUUGUGCCUUUGGUUUCAUGUGACUGCUGUAAGUGAUUAUUUUUAUUGUUAAUAAUGAACUAUAAGAUAAUCUUCACACUGGGAGCCAAAUAUUUUACAAACAUUUUUUUUACUGUAUUUGUUCUGUUUGUAUUUAUUGACAACGAGAGUACAUUAAAACACUGAUGAUA